GCUCGUGUAGCACCAACGGCGAUUCUCGCGCCGUUACAAGUAGGUCCAGUUGUGGCACAAUAGGUGGGACAAAUGGCGCAGACGGUGGUGCCACCAAUAGGAGGGCAACCAGGAGGAGCGGCGCCACCCCCUGUUCAACAAAUGGUGACGAUGAUGAGGGAGAUGAUGCAGCGAAUGAUGGCCAACGCGGCGGCGCAAGCGGUAUGGUGGAGGAGGAGAUCCCAGGGACAGAUCGGACUGCUUGGGAACCAUCACGAACUCGAACAGGGGUUGCUGGAUCCACCUGGAACGGACUGGACUGCUGCUGUAAUAUCUGGACCGGUCUGGAGAUGCCUGGACCCAAACUGGGAGCUUCUGGACCACUGCCUAUGCCGCUGGGCCGCAUACUCGCUAAUGGGCCGCGCGAGGUAACAAAGUGGGCCGUAGACGCGCGCUGUUGGACAACGAAAGUGGGCUGGGAGGCUGACAUUGCGCGCGGGCUUGGUCGGGCUUUUCGCGGGUUGUGCUGUGAGAUGUGCUGGGCCGAGAUGCGGGCUUCUCACGGGCCGCGCGGGCUGCUUUGGCCCGCGCACGUCUUCUCUUCACUACUAGGUGAAAAAAGAGAAAACUGUUGGUGGUGGGUUUCGAACCC